AUGAAUGAUCUGUAUUAUUAGUUAAAAGAAGUAAAAAUGAUAAUGAAUUUAAUUAGACAGCCUAAUAGAAUGGAAUAACAGUGGAAUUAAUAGCUUCAAAUAGAUAAUCAAUAGCAGAAAUGAUGCCUGAUUUUUAAAAGAAGAGUUAAUUGAUAAAAAUGAAAUUACAAAUAAUUCGAAAUAAUAAUGAGGAAAUAGGUAGAUUGACAGAAGUAAUUUAGACAGCUGCAUCAACUUAAAAAGAGAAAGGUUAUUAGAAAUAUAAUAAAAUAGAAUCGAUGAAGAAAGUUGAUUAAUUAUAAGGAUAGAUAAAUAAGAAUACAAGUGAAAUAAAAAAGUUAUUUGAUGAAAUAGAUAAAUUAGUUAAAGAAGGAGAUCCUGAUGAACCAGAAACGAGAGCAAUGAUUUAUAAUUAGAAGGCAAUAUAAUAAGAAGUGGGAUUAAUUUUAUAAGCUGGAUAGAAUACUAUAUUUAAUUACAAUAAAACAAUUUAGAAGAAAAUGAAAAGAUAAGUAUUUCAAUUCAUAUUAAAUAGUUAGAAAUAUUAGAACCUAAUUUAACAGAAUAAUAGAAGACAGAAAUUAUAUAGGAUCCAUAAGGUUUAGAGAAGAUGGUAAUGAAGGAGACUUUAGGACAACCAUCAUUAUAAUUAGUUUAUAGAGUUUAAGAUAUAUAAAAUAAAUAUUAGGAUAUAUAGAAAUUGGAGAAGGUAUAGAUAAAUAAAUAUUGUAGAGUACUUAGUAUUGUUUUUAAAUGUUAUCUGAGAUUGCAUUUUUAGUAAAUCAAUAAGGUGAAUAAAUAGAGAGUAUAGGUAUUAAAUAUAUUAUAGAGAAUAGAAUAAAAUUUAAACAAGGCCAAGAAUUAUAUAGUAAAAGGGGAGAAGAAAUUGGCUGAAGAGUAGAAAAUACAUAAAAAGAGUAGAAAAGUAAUAAUAUAGUAAUAAUACGUUAGAAAAUGUGUUGUAUAAUAUUGAUUGGAUUGAUUGCAAUAGGAAUAAUCACAACGCCAAUAGUAUUGAAAUUUGUGAAGAGUAGCGGGUGAAUUAGAUUUGGAUUAUUAU